AUGAGAGCAUCAUCUAUGAGUCCAGCUCAUGGCACUCAGGAACCACCUGUGGAUAUCUCAAGCCAGGAAGAUGUGGAAGGCAGAAAGGUCAAUAAUGAGGUAAGUAAUCAGGUAAAUUGGGAUGCUCUAACUCAAGAGGAGGAUGCAACAGAGGCGCAGAUAAGUCAAGUUGAUGAUGUUGGUGCUGAAAAGACUAAGAGUCCACAGAUGUCACAGAAAGUAAUGGAAGGAAAUGGGGAUAAGCAGGAAAAGAUGGCAGUUAAAGAAUGGCAAACUGUAAGGAAAAUGGGCAUAAACCAAGAUGAGUUAUCAUUUGAUAAUAUAGACAUGUUGAGCGAUUUAGAAGUAGCAAGAGCUGCUCUGAAUAAUCCUGUGGUUACUGUGAAUAUUGAAUCCAAUGAAACUCUGGAGGAAAUUCCUCCCUGUUCUGAGAAUAACAUUAAGGGCUGGCAGACUGAGGAAUCUGAAUCUGAAGUCUGCCUUAUAGCCAGUUCUAUCAAGAAAAAAAGGAAAGGAAAAACCAGUAAGAAGAAAAACAAUUUACAACAUAGUGGAGUCGAAAUUGGUGACUUUUCUUUAGAAGAUGGCUGUCAGAGGACCUACAGAAUCAACUCAGAGAGUUACAUGAUAUGCUACUCAGAUAUAAAACUAAUGAGCAGUCUGAUGGGGUGA